CCGCUUACCCCCGGCGUUCAUUGGCCGUGGCCUCUCUAGCUCCGCCCCCUAGGGGGUCGACCCCGUAACCAGUGAGGCGCGGGCCAACCUAGUGCGACGUGUGGGCGUGGCGGGGGCUGGGGUCUGCGGGCGAAGGUGGCAGCCCAUUGGAGGUCCCGGGAGCGAAGUCCAGCUGCCGUUAGGCGCUGGGAUAGUCGCACGCUGGAUGCAUCUACGUCCGCCGAGCCCCUGGGGCGAAGAGGCCGCGUCCGCCUUCAGUUGUGGCCGGUGCUUCGCCCCCUGACCCUUCGCCCCCAAAGACCAGCUCUAACGUGAGCGCCUCGGCCGCCCUGCCCCAGCCUCGUACACGCCGCCAGCCUCGCCCAGCCGGUGUCCGGAGACCCUCGGGCCGUGUCCAUUUGUGGGCAAAGCCAGCGGGGCAGGCUUGGCCAGAGUGCACCACUCGGCGCCGUCCCAGGCCCGACGCUCUGGGCGCGCCCGGAACCCCAGGUUCGCGGCCCGUGUUUCCGACCGGCGGAGGGGGUCUCAGCGGCCCGAUCCCACGGAAGCGCGCUCGGAGGGCUGGGACCCGGCCGGACCGGAGAUGGCGCCGCCAGCGGGCGGGGCGGCGGCGGCGGCCUCGGACUUGGGCUCCGCUGCAGUGCUCUUGGCUGUGCACGCCGCGGUGAGGCCGCUGGGCGCCGGGCCAGACGCCGAGGCACAGCUGCGGAGGCUGCAGCUGAGCGCGGACCCUGAGCGGCCUGGGCGCUUCCGGCUGGAGCUGCUGGGCGCGGGACCCGGGGCGGUUAAUUUGGAGUGGCCCCUGGAGUCAGUCUCCUACACCAUCCGAGGCCCCACCCAGCACGAGCUACAGCCUCCACCAGGAGGGCCUGGAACCCUCAGCCUGCACUUCCUCAACCCUCAGGAAGCUCAGCGGUGGGCAGUCCUAGUCCGAGGUGCCACCGUGGAAGGACAGAAUGGCAGCAACAGCAACUCACCACCAGCCUUGGGCCCAGAAGCAUGCCCUGUCUCCCUGCCCAGUCCCCCGGAAGCCCCCACACUCAAGGGCCCUCAACCUGAGGCAGAUCUUCCUAGGAGCCCUGGCAACUUGACGGAGAGAGAAGAGCUGGCAGGGAGCCUGGCCCGGGCUAUUGCAGGUGGAGACGAGAAGGGGGCAGCCCAAGUGGCAGCCGUCCUGGCCCAGCAUCGUGUGGCCCUGAGUGUUCAGCUUCAGGAGGCCUGCUUCCCACCUGGCCCCAUCAGGCUGCAGGUCACACUUGAAGACGCUGCCUCUGCCGCAUCCGCCGCGUCCUCUGCACACGUUGCCCUGCAGGUCCACCCCCACCGCACCGUUGCAGCUCUCCAGGAGCAGGUGUUCUCAGAGCUCGGUUUCCCGCCAGCCGUGCAACGCUGGGUCAUCGGACGGUGCCUGUGUGUGCCUGAGCGCAGCCUUGCCUCUUACGGGGUUCAGCAGGAUGGGGACCCUGCUUUCCUCUACUUGCUGUCAGCUCCUCGAGAAGCCCCAGCCACAGGACCUAGCCCUCAGCACCCCCAGAAGAUGGACGGGGAACUUGGACGCUUGUUUCCCCCAUCAUUGGGGCUACCCCCAGGCCCCCAGCCAGCUGCCUCCAGCCUGCCCAGUCCGCUCCAGCCCAGCUGGUCCUGUCCUUCCUGCACCUUCAUCAAUGCCCCAGACCGCCCUGGCUGUGAGAUGUGUAGCACCCAGAGGCCCUGCACUUGGGACCCCCUUGCUGCAGCUUCCACCUAGCAGCCACCAGAGGUUACAAGGGGAGAGUGGCCCUUCCCUCACAGGUCCAACAUCUCCAGGCCCCCACUGAACUCCGGGGACCUCUACUGACUGCUUGCUGGGACAGUCAGCAGGGUUUGGGGGAAGGGCCACAAAAUGAAACCAUUAAAGACACUUAAGAGCCA